AUGGCAAAGAUCCGAAACUCCGUUUGCUUCACUGUUGUCUUGUUCGUCCUCUUAUUGGUCAAAUACCGAAGAUCGAAGAAAAACCAUGUAAGCAUUUCCGCGGGGAAUGCCCCGUGGAACCAUGUGAAGCCGCGAAAUGUGACCAGUGCUGCAAAGAAACUUUCGGGAAGCAAAUCUGCGGAAAAUGUGAACAAGAGGGAGCCGACUUACAUUGUCAUUGUCGUCGCUGAUAAUUCAAUAAGACGAAUGAAAGAUGUGUGA